AUGGGUCGAAUCUUCAUUGAAAAUCAUGGUGGUCUUCGAGUGGUUGUGUGUCGGUUUUGCAAGACAUAUCUCACAAAUCGUAGCGAGCUGAUUUCGAGUAGAUUUCAAGGAUCGUCUGGGCGUGCAAUGUUAUUUCACCGAGCCUGGAAUCUGGAUUACUCCGAAGCGCAGCAUCGUGAUAUGAUGACGGGAAAACAUAUUGUCCGUGAUGUUAUGUGCAGAAUUUGCCAUAAAAAAGUAGGAUGGAUGUACGAGUUUGCUAUGGAAGAGUCACAACGCUAUAAAGAAGCUCGUGUUAUUCUUGAAAAAGCACUUAUUGAUGAAGAAGACGGCUUCCCGGAUCCGGCAGGAGCACUCGAAACACAUGAGCAGCCUCCUCCAUCUCCCAAAUUCGAAACAUUCGGAGGACGUCGCGGUAUUCGCCUUGAACGCUUUGUCACGAUCCGACUCUGGCCUGGCCACCAGUGCACCUGCUGCUCAAGGGACUUCUUCUGCCGUACGGGAGUCGCCCUG